UGAUUGAAGUGCUGCAUGUCAGCGGUUACUCGGCCACAAUAUGGGGACUUCUCUGUGUGUUUGGGUUGUGAUCCUCUCGGCCUGGUGGUUCACAGACUUCAUCCGCAGUCUUCCAGUGGACGAUCUGACACCGCUGUUUGAGUAUGACCGAUAUGAGGCCUCCAUACCAGAAAAUGAGCUGGGACCUGUACUUGAAGUUCUUCCAGCACCCAUCAAAGCCAAUACCACUGGCAACCACACAAUAAUUUACAGCAUCAGUGAAGUCUCUCCAAGAAAGUACUGGAACAACUUCAUUGCUAACCAGAGCACAGGAGUCCUAACGGUUGUUCGUCAACUGGACUUUGAGAAAAUAACUGACAACAUAACCAUCAUUUUUAAUGCCUCUCUGGAGAUCGACAACACGAGGACAACUAACACCUCGGUCACGGUCCAUGUGGAGAAUGUGAAUGAAUCUCCUGUAUUCCGUGGUAGUGGAUAUUCCGUUUCCAUCUAUGAUGAUGCCUGGCAUGGCUCUACUGUGGUUACAGUAAAGGCCACAGACCCUGAGAACGAGAGUCUGCGGUACCUCCUGCAGUCGUCCAACCCACAUUUCGGUGUGAGGCCUAAUGGCCAGGUGUAUGUCCAGUCACUUACUUUUGCGGGUAACUGGGCGAACUUGAGGGUGAGAGCAGAAGACCCACAUGGACUCUACGCCAUAACAUCAGUACAGGUGAGAAUUCUUGACAGGAAUAGACGUCCUGAAUUCCAGCAAAGCAUGUAUACAGCUGAAAUCUUCGACAAUGCCCCACGUAACACUCCUGUGGUGCAAGUCCAGGCCAGAGACCCAGAUGCGGGGGAUAAUGCAGGGCUGAGGUACGUCUGGUGGAUAUCAGACAGCCGGUUUGAUUUGGAUAGCUCCAGUGGUCAGUUGUAUGUAUUGUCCACCAAAGGCCUGAGUGGGACGGUGGUGAGACUGGGGGUGAGAGUAGAAGACCCAAAAGGACUCGAUGACACGACAUGGGUGGAGGUGACAACAAAGAAAUGCCACACCACCACUAUACUCCUUGGGACACUCAUACCACUGGCGGUCAUUCUGUGUGGGAUUCUCAUAUUUGUGAUAUGGAAAAGAAACGCCAUAAGGAAAAUUUGCUGUGUUGAUGGGACUUAACACCAGAAAGGGGUUGUUGGUGCAGGCUUUUGAUUGCUGUGGGUGGGGUUGUUGGCUGGUUUUCUUUUACUCAUGUUGACUGGAAAGCAUUCCAAGGGAACUAUUUAAUGAAAUCCCAAUUCAGUACAAAGGUACAGUGAAGGUAAAUAGAGGCUACUUUGGGGAAUCUAGACUAUGAAAAAAGCUUAAUAAACACUUUUGUUGUGAAAAUAAAGAAAAAACUAUGAGAGUAUUAAACUUUUGUUUGCAACACAUCACCACUCAA